CUCCCGGGCCGGCCCCUAGAUGUGUGCGACGGAUAUCAAAUUCGUCGGACCGACUUCCGGUCCUCCACACCCAGCUUCCGCUGCCUGCGGUGUGCUGCUAUUGCCCUUCCGGCAGGCCAUCAGCCUGCUGCCCGGCCUUCGGUUCCUUCCAACCGUUUUUAAAGGGCUGGGUGUUCUUCCGGAGAUGAGUUUGGUGAUUAAAAAUCUGCAGCGGGUGGUUGCCAUCAGAAGAGCGCCACUUCGCAGGAAGAUGGAUAUGGUCAGGAGUAUUUUAGGAGUGAAGAAAUUUGACCUGGGGAUCAUCUGUGUUGACAACGAGAAUAUUCAGCACAUUAAUAGGAUCUACAGGAAUAAAAAUGCCCCAACUGAUGUGCUUUCUUUCCCAUUUCAUGAGAACCUGAAAGCAGGUGAACUUCCGCAGCCACGUUCACCAGAUGAGUAUAAUUUGGGAGAUGUUUUCCUAGGAGUGGAAUAUAUCUUCCAGCAUUGCAAAGAAAAUGAGGAUUUCUACGACAUCCUGACGGUGACAGCCACCCAUGGACUCUGUCACCUUCUGGGUUUCACCCACAGCUCCGAGGCAGAGUGGCAAAAGCUUGUGUGCUGCUGUGAUCCAGAUGUACAACCAAGAGAAGCUGGUGCUGGAAGAACUGAGCCGCUACACCGGAGCCACACUCCAGCCCCUGACCAGGGACCUCUACUGAUGCCUCGAUGCUCUGAGGUAGAGAGCUGGAAGGACAGAGUCCUGUCCCUCCACACUGGAUCGCUGCUGGUUAUGCUGUCCUGUAGGACAUCAGCCCACACUAAAGCUUAAUUUCUGUGAAUGGAAAUUGGCUUCAGAAAGUACCAAAGAAGUAUGGCUGGCCCUCUGAGUAGAGGCUGUCUUACCAGUGUAAGCAGAACAGGCCAUUCUAAGUGAGGAAACAUGGAUGCCUUGUAUGCUUCUUUGGGUUUUUAACUGUAGAGUUUGAGUGGACUGCCCUGUCUCCCCGAGGCGGAAUGAAUAUGCCAGAAUACUGAAGUCAGUUCUUCCUAGAAGGAUGGACACCUGCAGACAAACAGACUUGAGAGGGCAAGGUUCCCACCCCAACUCUCAGGAACUCUAUUACCUGAACCUUGCUUGCUGCUCAUUGUGCCCUCACUUUUCUUAAGCCAUUGGCUGUAGACACCGGAAAUCCCACUGACCUACAGAUCUUGUCACCUGGGGCCAGAGAUUCAGGUACAUCUCCCAGUUCCCCUAUCUUUGUUGUUGUUUCUCCUUUUUCAAAUUAUAUUUUAUUUAUUUGAUGUAUGUGAGUAUGUGUGGUGCACCCAUUCCACAGCAUGCAUGUGGAGAUCAGAGUGCAAAACUGGGUGGAGAUGGUUCUCUUCUUCUAUUAUGUGGGUCCCAGGGAUUGAACUUCCGGUUGUCAGGCUAAAAGACAGGAAGGUAAAAGACAGGAAGGUCUUUUACCCUCUGAGCCAUCCCACUGACAUCCUGUAGGCCACUGUGGUCCCUGUCACUGGGGCUCUUCCCAUUGGCUCUUAGUGGCAUGAUAAUUCUGCUCAAGUCCUGGAACAUGGAAUCCUGAUCAACCUGAAGUCCAGCUGUAUUGGCAUACUGAAUGCCAAUGAAAGUGUACAUCACUUGUCUUCCCAGAAUGUAGCCAGUGAGCUUGGACCUAGAUAGGGUUUCCUGACCUCUCUGCUAUCUAUACUCCCAUAUACAGUUAUGGCAGACUGUUCCCUUCUUCACAGUCAUCUAACUGCUUUGUCAUCUUUGAAAAUGACUGCUUCUGUGUUGCUUGUUUUUCUAUUUCCCCUUUUCUUCUUGGUUUGGCAUUUCCGGUUUAGUUUGGUGGGUGUUUAUAAAAGGAACUUUUAUUUGCCUCUUUCAAUUGUUGGCUUGUAGGAGUAUUGCCUCACUCUGCUACCCUAGGCCUAGUCCUGGAAGCUUCUAGCCUCCAUACAACCUAACCUAGGCCUAGAAUGUUUUCAGCCUCUGCUUAAUAAGCUCACCCUUUCUUAUUCUUCACUGACUUCUGGACUGGCUGGUUCAACUCAGCUGUUCUGCCUUAAACUCCUCUCCCAGAUGGCUUAUUCAAUCUGGCUUCUCUCUUGGCAUUUGAAUUGUUCUUUUUGGUCUUAAACUAACUCCAGUUCUACUCUAAUCCCCUGGCUCCUUCUCAUUCUCUGGCUCAUUCAGUCUUCACACAAGUUCUUUAUGCAACUUGUCUAUUACUAUCUCAGUAAAACUGCCUCCUCUCUCUCUCUCUCUCUCUCUCAUUCUCUCAUUGCCCCUUAAGUAGCUUCCCUUUCUUCUCUCUUCUCGUGAGUUGGGUGUAUCCUAUUCUGUCUAUUCUCUCUGUCAGGUCACAUGUUCAAGCAUGGGUGCUUCCUUCUACAAACUAUCUUUACCUUCAUUGUUUGGGAUUAAAGGCAUGUACCACCACACCAGGACCUAAGCUUUUCUUUGCCUGAAACUUGCUCUAUACCAAGCUGGCCUUGAACUCAGAGAUCUGCUUGCCUCUGUCUCCUGUUUGCAUUCCAGCCAGAUCACACAGACCUAGAAAGUCUUUGGAUGUGAUCUCUUGCCAGAGCAGCCAUACUCCGAAUUAAAAUUCCUCUUUGGCUUCAUCUUGCAGUGCUGUCGAUGGAAUCCAGGGCCUUGUCAUGCUUGGCAAGUGCUCCACUACAUUCCCAGCUGGUUGCUCUGCUGCCCUAAAUCUGUGGUUUGGCCAGCAGCUAUAUGGAAGUCCAGCCACUAUUGUGGCUCCAAGCCUGUGGGGCAGGUUCUGUCCUGCUGUUCCGGGAGGCACAGCAAUCCUUUGUUAUUUUGUGUUUACUCCAGAUUCAGUCCCCUACCUGUGUGAAGGACCUAUGAUCCUGAUGAGACUUACAUGAUCUCUGUGGACUGGUUGCUGAUGUGAAGGCUCCAUCCAGCCCAUGUAUGGACCUGGUUGCUCUCUUCUCUGGGCCAUCUUUAAAAUCUCUGAUGGGGUGGGUGGGUACAGGUGUGCAUAGAAUGCCCUCAGUCCCCAUCACCACGCUUAAGAGGCAUAGCCACGUGAAACUUCUUCCCCCAGUCACUAGGGCCCCCUCAGCCCACUACAGGACCUGCUCAGAUUCUUCAGCCCUCCACACGUGAGCCUCGGAACAGCUGGAUUGAAAGGGACUAGGAAGACUGAAUGUGAGGGUGGGUGCGUGCGCACUCCCCCAUUGCUUCCAUAAGCCAGUGGUGCUCACAGAGCCAGGGUACUUGCAGGUGCUAACAUACUUCCUCCUGUUAACCCAGCAAUGCCAAGCCAUCCGAGACGGACAACAUCUGUCAAAUUUUACCCUCUAUCAAAUUAAUAACUAUAUGAGAGACAAACCAUGUUAGAAAUUACCAUGAAAACGGGAAAUUGUAUAAGGUCUUUAAUUGUUGCUUUUAACAAAACACCCUAGAACCACACCCUGGUGUGCACUGAAGGGUGGUUCUGUAGGAAGCAGAUGUCACCACCCUGGAGCUCCCUUGGAAGUGUGUUGCAUUGACUUGUUCAUCCAUGCGGACAUCACAUCACCGCCUUCACUGUGUGGGCGCCAGGUCAGUCCUGGACAGCCCACAUGGGGCUAACUGGCAACUGUGAGUCAUCUUGCCUCUGACCUGUAGGGUUCCAGCGAUUUUAAAAUGGGGACCAGCUUUUUGGUGAGAAACUUAGCAAAUGAAAAAACUUAAGCAAUUGAAAGCUGACUAGAAUACUUGAAGGUAACACCUGUAGAGACAGGUGGAAUUUAGCACUCCAGCAAGUCCCAACUACCAGGGCAGCAGAGGCAGGAGAAUUGCCGGCCUUAGCAACUCAGUGAGGUGCUAUCUCAAAGUGAUAAACAGGCCAUGAUGUCAGCGUAAUAGAAAAAGCACUUGGCUAGUGUGCUUGAAAGCCUGGGUUCUCAGAUGGGCUGGUGGACAUGCUUUUAAUCCCAGUCCAGGAUAGCCAAGGCUAUACAAGGAAACCCUGUCUCAAAAAAAAAAAAAAAAAAAAAAAAAAAAAAGCCUGGGUUUAAUAUAAUACCACAAAAUAAUAAAUCUUUAAAAAUAAAACAUUAAGCCAGUUGUGCCGAGCACUCACAGUGCUUGGGUGACAGAGACAGAAGAUCUCUUUGAGUGUGAGGCAAACCAGGUCUAUACAGUGAGUUUCAGGACAACCAUCACUGCAUAACAGACCUUGUCUCAAAAAACAAACAAACAAAAAACCAUUUAAACAACAAGGUUAGGCAGACGUUUAAUCUCAGCACCCAGAAAUCAGUGGCAGCUGGAGCUCCUUGAGUUCAAGGUCAGCCUGGUCUACGUGGCCAGCCAGGGCUACAGAGUAAGACCCUGUCUCAGACAGACAGAAAAGGACUCCCGGCCUGAUUGCACGUGUCUAAUCCUAGCAGCAGGCAAUCGAAAACAGAAGGGCUGUAAGCUUGUUGUCAGCCUGGGCUCAAAAACCAAGCAGCAACAAAACCAAAAGGGAAAUCAUCUUUGCCAAAACAACAACAAAAAAGACACCAGAAAGUAAAGGAAGCGUGUGCACAUACAUGAAAGAAAGCUGACAGGGCCGGGGUAUAGAUGGAACAGAGACAGUGGUCAUACACCCGUGGGAGCCAGGGUACAGUGUGUGUGUGUGUGUGUGUGUGUGUCUCCUGGAAAGAUGCUUAGUAAGCAGCAUGCACAUCCAUUUACUACACAGCCUGCAGGCGGCACGUGUGUGCACCUCACACCUGUUUUUGUUAUUGUUAGAUUUAAAAUUUUUAUAUGCAUGAGUGUUCUGCCUGCAUGUGUGAACGUGUACCAUGUGCAUGCCUGAUGCCCAUGGAUGCCCAUGGAAAUCAGAAGAGGCCAUUGAAUAUCCUGGAACUGGUCUCUGUGUAUAGGCAUGUGCAGCACAAGGAAAUAACAGAGCUUCACACAUGUUCAACGAACUGUCUGCCACUGAGCUGGCCACAGCCUCAAUUGACUUUUUUUUAUUAUUAUGUGUACAAUGUUCUGUCUGCAUGUACACCUGCACACCAGAAGAGGGCACCAGAUCUCAUUAUAGAUGGUUGUGGGCCACCAUGUGGUUGCUGGGGAUUGAACUCAGGAACUCUGGAAGAGCAGCCAGUGCUCUUAACCUCUGAGCCAUCUCUCCAGCCCUCAAUUUGACUCUUAUUCCAGCCUUCUAUAGGAAUGCUUGAAUGUGUAGGUGGCUGUAAUGAUCUAUUCUGAUUUUGAGCUGCUUUUCUUUCAUAAUAAAAUGUUUGUAUCU